AUGGAUUGCGAUGAGAACGAGGUGGAGAGCAGCAGUGAUGCAGGUCCCUCAGGGAUGGAGGAGCCAUCUGAAAGUGGCAUGGGUAUGGAGUCAUCUGAGGCCAUGUCUGCUGACAGCAGUGAUGCUGCUGCCUCUCAUACACACACCCCAGAGUCUGACUGCCACGUGGGGCAGAGCUCAGAGGGACUUGUGGUAGGUUUUCUUUAACCAUUUGCACACACAAAAUAACUCAUGCCUUAAGUUAAUGUGAGGAAAUAUAAAACACGAAGUAAUCUAAGUUUUUUUUGACUCAUCAUCACAUUCGCUAUCAAGGUGUUCAUCCCAGAAACCAGCUCCAGCACAGAUGUCAGAGUUUCAUCCAUCCACCUUCCAGACUCCUCCUCUGUGGCCCAGUCCACCAGUGUGUCCAGUGUCUCCACAGUGACUCAGUCAGUGCUGGUGUCUGAGUCAGCCCAAGUUUUGGUCCACUCCAGUGCCGUGUCUGAGGGAGCCAUGAUGGUUUCUGACUCAACCGCUUCUACCUCAUCAGAUCUAGGUUCUGCCAUCGACAAGAUCAUUGAAUCCACCAUCGGCCCUGACAUCAUGAAUGGUAUUUCAAGUGACACUACAUUUUAUGUGGCACCAGGGCCUAGAAAAGCUUAAAUGUAGUUAUAAACUAUUGUUUCCAGUUUAAUACAUCUACAAAAAAGUAGUAGAUUUCUGAUCCUGCCUGCUCCUUUUUUUGUUAGGAUGCAUAGCAGUGACUAGUGCAGAGGAUGGAGGGGUAGAAACAACCCAGUAUCUGAUAUUACAAGGACCAGAUGAUGGUAAGUGUGGAUGUUUACGCCCAAUUUAAAUAACAAACAGAAUACAAACCAAAACACUUUAGAGAAUGUGUCAAUAAAGACAGGGACAAGUUAAAAUUUCCAUGAAAACUUGAGUGAAAAACUGAGUUUUUUCUUUUAAAUGAAUUAUUCCCUCUUCAACUGAUGACACACUGUGGGAGACUCCUUCAUUCACUUGUUUAAUCAAUCUGCAUGUGUUUAUUUGUUAAAGGGGCUCCCAUGGUGGCCCAGAUGUCAUCUUCAGCUUUAUCUGACCGUAUAGCCAUAGAGGCUCUUGCAGAAGGCCCAACAUCCACAUGUCUGGACCAGGGAGACCUCCAGAGUAACCUUGAUCCUGACCAGCCUGAUGAUCAGCCUGGUCACUCUGGGUACCCAGAGGAUAGCAGCAGUCACCCUGACCAGCCCCAGCACUCUCACCCCUCCCAGUACUUGGAUUGCAGUGCAGAUGGUCCAGACCAGACAGGAGAGUCUUCAUCCGGCUAUGUGGAGUGCUCAAGCGGGGAACCUGACCAGACCCGCUCUAGGUCGAGUUUUCCUGACUACAGUGGGGAUAACAGUGACCAGGACCUGCCUGGAUAUGUGGAAUGUAGUGGGGCGGACUCAAACCCUAUCAGCCGUGGGCACUAUGUAGUGGAGUGCAGUGCUGGUUAUCUGGGGUGUGCCGCAGAUGAUGAAGAACAGCCUCAUCAUUCACGCAGUUAUAUUGACAGCAGUGCAGACCACAGGACUCAGACAAGUCGACAGUAUGGGGAUGAGUACAGAGGGGAAUGUGUUGCUGCUGCAGAUUCUGAGCAACCAGGUUGCUCUCAAUAUCAAGCAAGAGAUGAUGAUGAUGACGAUGAUGAUGAUGAUGAAGAAGAUGAGCAGAACCAGGAUCCAGAUCAGCCUCAGCACUCCCAACAGCAGCCUCAGCAUUCCUGUUACAUGGAAAGCAGCAAUGGCCCUGAAGCUUCUCUUUAUAAUGACGACAGCUCCUCUUCAGACCUCCCUCUGGCUGACACAGCAGGCUCAGGCGGGCUUCCUGAAGCACUGGAGUGCAGUGAGAGCCAGCCUGGGCCCUUUAUUAGCAGUAGUGGGACUUACACCUCUAAUCCAGAACCCGAGCUGGCCCAACAGUGCUCACCCAGCCAAGAGGAACCUCAAGGCUCUCAGGGGCCUCAAAAUGAAGCCAGCAUGGUCAGCGAGAUGGAGACAUCAACUGUGGGAGAAGGUUCAGGAGACAGAGCACCAAACCUGGCUGAGCUAGAGGAAAUGAUGGAAGUUGUUAUUGUGCAGCAGUUCAAGUGUAAGAUGUGUCCGUACAAGAGUUCCUCCAAAGACACACUUAUUAACCACAUGAGAGACAAACACUUCAAACCUGCAGGUUAGGCACAUUUACAUGCUUGAUUAUGUUCCUAAAAGACAAAUCUCUUAUUUUUGAUUUACAGUUUUCUGCUUGAUGUCCGAAUUUUUUUUAGGAGACAUGCCAAAGAAGCGCAAACGAGGCCGACCUCCUAAAAGUGAGACGUUGGCUCGUCGCAAUGCAGAAAAGAAGGAAGCUGAAGAGAGGAAUGCUGCAAAGGUCAAGGCGUCUGAGCCCCAACAAGCAGAAGAAGAGGAGGAUGAUAUUGUGGAUGCUGGUGCAAUUGAUGAUCCUGAAGGUCAGAGAAGAAGCUAGUAAUUGAUAAUGGAAAAGACAAAUAUUCAUACUAUUCUAAAUAAGAGAAUUGGUUAAGAGAUGAGAGUCAUUUUAGAUUAUCUGCUUUACAUUCUUAGAGGAUAGUGAUUACAACCCAGUGGAUGAGGACAGCAAUGGGAGACUGCCUGUCAUCCUGAAAAAACCUGCUCCUCCAAUCUCUUCCUCAACUCAAGGGCGUCCUCGCCGUAAGGUUGGCCGUCCCAGAAAGUACAGUCUUUUAGAGGAAGGUUACAAUGGCAAAGGUGAGAGUAUUAUCAGUCAAGAAUAGUGUCUCAAUCACAGUGUUUACACUUCAGGGUCAAGUGUUGUAUUCUUACCUUUUUAUUAUAAUUACAGAGGCGGAGAGUAUUGCAAAGAAGCCAAGAAUCAGCACAGAUACUUGUGCACCUGAAGAGGCGAGCUCUUCAGGUAUGAAGAAUGGUUCUGUCCCGGAAACUGAUGGAGACACUGUUGAGGCGGCAAUUAGCCAAUCAGACUCUGAGAACAAAGACCCUUCAUCCAACUUACAGCCAGAGGAGGAGUUCUUCCCGAGGAAACGUGGUCGGCCUUCCAAGCGUUUUCUUCGCAAGAAGUAUAAGAAGUAUAUAAACCGAAAGUAGGUAUCACUUUAGCUGAAGAUGUGUUACAUACAUAUGAACAUAACAAUUACAACAUGCUGAUAACUCCUCUCUGAUCUUUCAGUCGGUACUACAAAUCCCUCAAACCACUCCUGAGACCUCACAACUGUUGGAUCUGCGGAUCACGCUUCCUCACUCAAGAAGACUUGCGAUUCCACGUGGACUCUCACGAGGGCAGCGACCCAGAGCUCUUUAAGUGCCUGCAGUGUAACUAUCGCUGCAAGCGCUGGUCUUCACUCAAGGUCAGUGCGACAAAAAAAGUCAGAACAGUCAGGUUCAAUGCAGUCCAGAUGCAUUUUAGUUCGGUGUCUUAAGUCUUGGUGCUGUUUUGCAGGAGCACAUGUUCAAUCAUGAGGGUACUAAGCCAUUCAAGUGUGAGGAGUGUGAAUACACAAGUGUCUACAAGAAAGAUGUCAUUCGCCACUCAGCAGUUCACAGCAAAGACAAGUAAGUUACUCAGACAGUUUCAACUCACAGAACAAGCACCGAAUGAUUCGCAAUACCCAACUCUUUUUACAGAUGGGUUAAUUUUUCUCCCUGUCUUUCGUCCUACAGGAAAAAAAAGACAGAAACAGUAAGUCCUUUUUGAUGUUUAAUUUAAUUUCAAUAGUCUGCUUCUUUUUUAGCUGAUUGUUGCUGUGCUUUGGCUCAUUUAACUCAUUGAUUGGACACCUUUGUGUUUUGUUUUGUUUUUGUAGGUACCAAAGGUGUCUGAGUUCCUCUGUCCUGUGUGUCACAGAGUUUACCCCAUGCAAAAGAGACUAACUCAGCACAUGAAGACUCACAGUACAGAGAAGCCACACAUGUGUGACAAGGUAUGAGAUUUUUAUAUUUUUUUAUUUUGGUUAUUCAAAGGAUCUUAUAUUUAGGAAAUAAUAAAGUAAAUAGUACAGAAAGGAAGAGCAUGUUUGAGUAGAUACCUACCUUAACAGCAAUGAUUUCAUCUCAUUUUUCUUCUUUGAACAUUUGAUUUACUUGAUUAGGGCAAUUUUUAUACCAACAAUGCUGGGCACUAUUGAAUAAAUCCUUUAAAAAAGUAAUAAACACACAUCUUCCUAAACCUCAUUAACUAUAAGUUUUCUCCAGAACACCUGUUGAAGAAAUUUCUCUGUCUUUGCAGUGCGGCAAAUCCUUCAAGAAGCGGUACACAUUCAAGAUGCACCUACUGACCCACAUCCAGAGUCUUGGAGAUAGCAAGUCAGUAUUAGCUUUUUGCCUCACCUCUUCAGUUUUGUUAGUUAGUCUUUCAAACACAUGGGUGUAACCACAUUUAGGCUACUGACUCAACAUUAGUCACCUCGUUGGAGUUAAUGGUUUCACAAUAACCCUUGGAUUUGCUUCCCGUCAGGUUCAAGUGUGAAUUUUGCGACUACACUUGUGACAACAAGAAGUUGCUGUUAAACCAUCAGCUGUCACACACCAACGACCGUCCCUUCAAGUGUGACUACUGUAAAUACUCCACUUCCAAAGAGGAGUUCCUAGUGUCCCACCUGGCCAUCAAACACACAGGUAUCAUGAAGUUCACUUGACCUGAGCAUGUUUAUUACCACUUAACAAAUGCAAAACUGGAAAUUACUCUCUGCACUUUCUAUUAAUUUGUCGUCUCCACAGGGGAGAAGCCUUUCUCUUGUGAUAUGUGUCACUUCACGACCAAACAUAGGAAGAACUUGCGACUACAUGUGCAGUGUCGUCACCCUGAGGCGUUUGAAGAGUGGUCAGUGUCUCACCCCGAGGAGCCUGUCAGGAGGCGACGCAGACCCUUUUUCACCCUGCAGCAGAUCGAGGAGCUCAAACAACAACAACAGCACGAUAACACAGAGAGCUUGCAGAACACGAUAGUAAGUCUUUGAGAAAGUCUUUGAUCCCAGACUCUGACUUUAUUUCAUUCCACUGAGGCUUGUCUCUGAUGUCAUGGGGAGAUGAUACCAGCUAAUAUUAUUUUCUACCUUCAUUAGGUUGCUGUGGAUUCUGCAACGCUACAAGCCAUGCAGGGCAUUGAAAAUGCAUCAGUGUCCCAGGAUGCAUUAGGAAACACCACCAUCAUUUAUGAACAAGGUCAGUCAUCUCAUCUUGAAGAGAUACAUUUUAUAUUAUCUGUGAUCUUUCACUAAAGGUGGCUUUUCUGCAUUUGCUUCUCAGCUGAAUCUAGCGAUAUGUCCGCCCAGAAUGCCCUUGACCUGCUGCUGAAUAUGAGCAACGCUCGAGAGUUGGUAGGAAACAGCUUACAGGUUGGUUAUGCGCAUUUAAUUACACUUCCCAUAAAUAUUAAUGUCAAGUUUAUCAAGACAAGAAAAUGAUGUUAAAAAAUGCCUGAUCCCCUCAGGUGGCAGUUUUAAAAUCUGAAGGCAAAGCUUUGGAAAAAGGCACAUGGAGCACAGUGACUGCAGCACCGGGCCAGACCCAAAAGGUAGUGACCUUCCAUGUAUCAGAGAACGGAGAGACGGUGCUGCAAGAGGCCUACGAGGCCGCCACCUCUGAAACAGGAGAGUUAACCCAGAUCGCCAUUGAGGCCUAUGAGGGAGGAGGAGAGUUCAGCGUAGUGGAACAGACAGCUGAAGAGAAUCAAAUAUCUGAUUACAGGUAACUGAGCACACCAUGUGAUUGUUAUUCAGGGAGAAAAUAAUGCUGAGCUAAGAGUUAGAAUAAGACUGAGAGUGAUUUGUCUCUGAUGUGUUUGCAGUAAUGUUGAGAGCAGUCCAUCUCAGACAGCAGAAGUCUCUGGAUCAGAGGGCCUAAAAAAUGACAAGUUUUACCUUUCUUCAGUCCUGCCUGAUGGUGUUCUUCAGCAGGUGGAGGUAAAUAUGGGGGAAAGUAGUUUUUCUGUUUUAAGAUUUAUCAGCUCUUAGUGUUUUUACUCACAACUUUUUUUUUUUCUGUCAGCUGAGCAGUGAAGCGCCAUCCUCUCCCUCUACCGUGAGCUCUCCUGGUCUGAGCAGUAAGAGGUUUUCCUGCAGAAUAUGCAUGGAGUCUUUCCAUGGACGCUCAGAUAUGGAAAACCACAAGAGGGCGCACUUGGAUCCCAGCACUUUCAAAUGUCCUGAUUGUGACUUUACCUCAAACUCCUGGCCUGAAGUAAAGGUAUGCAGUACCUUUUAUGAUCUUAAAAAUGUCUUCACAAACAUAAAACCACACAGAAAAUAAUCACCAUGUAAAAUCAUCACUUAAUGCUAAUUGACCCACACGUUUAAAUUGAAUUUUUAACAGCUUAUCAAAUAGUAUUCAUAGAAGCAUAGCCACCUUUGCACAUAUUCAAUAUAUUUCAGCACAUAUUGUCACGCCGUCAAAAGUAUUGCUUCCUACUUUGAACCUUUGGCUAUUCAAAAUGUGAUUUAUAUUCUCUCUUUUCAUUCUGUGUUUUUCAGGCGCACAUGGAACUGCACUCCUAUCUCCGUCCUCACAAGUGUCCAAACUGUAGCUUUGCCUCCAAGAACAAGAAAGACCUGCGCAGACACAUGAUGACACACACCAACGAGAAACCAUUUUCUUGCACACUUUGUGGACAGAGGUGAGAGAAACUAAUUUUCAUCAUCACAAAACUCCUGUGCAACAUGUAUGUAGCACAAGACUUUAGAGAGGUAGUGAUGAGCUGUCAAGUCACCAUUACUGUUUUUUAUGCCGGGCAGGUUUAACCGCAACGGUCAUCUGAAGUUUCACAUGGAGCGUCUCCACAAUCAGGAUCAUCCCACUCGUAAGAGCCGAACCCCCUCAGCUCAGCAGACCAUCAUAGUCAACAGUGAUGAGGAGGCACUGGCUACACUACAGUGUAAGGAAUGCAACAAAGCACUCAGAGCAGAUUUUGUGUGAAACCUUAUUAGAUAACAAACAACACAAUAAAUAAUGUCAAUCUUGUGUGUGUAUCUAACAGCUCUGCAGGGACAUCAGGCAGUGAUCACUCCAGAGCGGUUGCACGCCCUUGGUCAGGAGCACAUCAUCGUAGCUCAAGAACAGGCUCUUUCAGACCAGGUACCCAAGGGUUUAUGACACUGGACUGAUCUAAAAAUCUCAAAUAGAUUGUUUUUGUGUUCAUCAUACAACCCCAAUUCUAAAAAUGUAGGUACACUGUGUAAAGUCUUAACCAAAAUGUUAUUUAAUGGUGUAGCAACUGCUUUCCUUCAACAAAAACAGGCCGCUGGGGUUUGGUUUGCAUGCAUCUGUGACUCGCUUGAAUGAUCAGUCCGAUUUGAGUGUUAGAAAAAAUGAUUUAUUGUUCAAAAAAAGGGAAAGAAAACACACUGCAGGUGAAAUGAGGUUAAAACAGGAUGAAUGAAUGAAUCAGUGAAAAACAAUGAGAAACGUUCAAAAACGCUCAAAACGUUCAAAACAGUCAACAGAAAAUUAUCAGUGCUGACUGCACCUGUGAGUUUUUAAAUAACCCGCCAAACAUCCCAAAACCCCACCCCUCAGUGACGAUCCCGGAAGUGACGUGCCUACAAAAAUAAAACUUUCAAUAAAUAUAUUUUGGCUACUACAAAUGGUUUGAAAAUUACUUAAACCAAAUUAAAAAUAGGUAAGACUUAACGUAUCAAAUGUUGAGACUGAUAGAAAGAUAGAAGAGAUUCACUGCUCUGUGAGAGACUACAUGAGCUAUUUUUAGAAUAAUGUUCCUCAGUAUAAAUUUGGAAAGGAUAUGAUGGAUUCAUCAUCUACGGUACACAACUUCAUUGAUAGAUUUAAGGAAUUUGGAGAAAUCUCUGCAUAAAUAGACCCGACUGAAAACCUUAUUUCUGGGCUCUCAGGCAGCGCUGCGUUGAGAAGAGAUGUGACUCUGUUCUGAAUAUCACCACAUGAGCUUAUAAUUUCCUCUGUCUUCAAGCUGAGUUUUUUGCCGCAUCCACAAAUGUAGGUUAGAACUUCACCAGCAACAUAAAUUCAGAAAUAUUUGUGGUUUCUCUGAGACCAAGCCCAAUGAAGACAGACUGAGGUGAAGUAGAAAACUGUUCUGUGGUCCAACAAAUCAAACAUGACCUUUUUUAAUGUCAGUGAUGACAAGAAAGACUUCUCAGCUUGUUAUUUUUCUUCUUUUAAUUUUCAUAAAACAAUUACACAUUAUUAAUUUUAACAUUUGAUAUGCUGUCCUUGUACUGUUUUCAAGUAAACAUCAAGUUUAAAUAAUUUUUGAACCAUCAGAUUCUGUGUUUGUCAACAUUUUAACAGUAUCAACCAACUUUUUUUGGAAUUGUUUUUUUUUUUUUUUAACUAUCUCUGAUUUUUAUGAGCAAAUAUGUACAUUUUUGUAUUCAUCAGGAGGAUGGCACAUACAUCCAGCAGAUUACCACCAUAGACGGGCAAACAGUUCAGCACCUGAUGACAGGAGACAACCAAGUGGCUGAGGUAAUUCAAUAGAUACAACAGUUUCAUGUUUGAAUGCACAUGCCUAUCAGUGAAACUGAUAAGCAUUAAUAUUUUUAUUCUUGUCCUUGUUGUGUUACAGGUUCAGUACAUCAUUUCACAGGAUGGAGUGCAGCACCUUAUCCCUCAGGAAUACGUGGUUGUAGCUGAUGGAAACCACAUACAGGUCAAUAUGCCACCUCACAAGAAGAGAUAAGACGAAUACUUUUUUCAAGUUGUCCUGUUUUAAAAUCUUUUGUCUGCACCACAGGUACCUGAUGGACACAUUAUCCAGUAUGAAGGUGAUGGAGCUUUUCUGCAGGAGCAACAGGUGAGGCAGAUACUGAUCACCCAGAAACUCCACAGUUAGAGACUGAGCUGGAUUUGACAAAGCUAGGUGGAUGAUCUGAAGCGCUCUGCAGUUAGAGGAUUGUUAAUUGGUCUUUGUCCUGUCUGUGUUCAGAUUGCUGUGAGUCAUGACGGUCAGAUCCAGUACCUACCUGUGAGCUCUGAGCAACAAGUGGUGAAUGCUGAGGAUCUUGAGGCUGCUGCCCACUCUGCUGUCACAGGUAAACACAUAAAGUCCUUUAAUCAGUUGUUUAAUUAUUAUAUGCUAAUGAUUAUGUAAGGACCGUUUUACUUACCUUAACACAUGUGUCUAUGUUUGUAGCUCAUCUCCCUGUGUUUGAAUUUCUCCCAUUUUAUGGUCAAAUCUAUCUGGUUAAAUAUCUUAAAAAAAUACUUUAAACUUUGGUCAGUGUUAGAGCUCGCCACCAAUAUAGAAAUGAGGAUCAAUGUAGAUUAAGCUUUCUCUAAUACUCAUUUACCAUUUAAAAGUAAGCUUUCAAACUGCGCUUCAGUCAAGUGCUGUUAAAAGAUAAUUUGACUCAUUAAAUUAAACAUGCUGCUAUGUGUGUCUGUUAGCUAGCUUGGAAACAAAACAGACAUUAUUGCACGCUUCAAGGGAUAUUCCGGCUUAAAUUUAAGUUAUGGUCAAACACACCAUUACACCAAGUUAGACACCCCCUCGAGAGGUGAAUGUUGCCGACUGCUUGCUUCUCUAGUUAUACCAACUUUAGUAACAACCGCACAAUAGCAAUACACAGCGGUCUACGUCUCCACGCACAAACCUCAACCAAAAUGCCACUUUAUAGCCACAAAUUAUGCUCAGAACAGCACCUCACUUCAUCAACAGUGCAUAUAGGGUCCCAGCCAUAGUACUAUGCAUCAAAUAUCUUUAAAGCUUUGCCUGAUUUCUUUAGCAAAGAGACCAAACAGAACUCACCCACUCUCCUCCAGCAGCCGCUUGUUUGUAAGGGAGCCCUGACAAGUCGAUCACCGUGUGCAGCAGAGUUUCGCAGCUCAAGGAAGAACAAUUAUGAUUAUUAUUUAAUGGAAAUGCAAUCAGACUGAGAUGCUAAGGCAGAAGAACUACCGCGUCUGCAGUGCAAAAUGAUUAUUAUGAUGAUUAUUACUUCAAGGAAAUUAUCCACUGCACUCAGUGAUUGACUUGAUGAUAUUGCUAUUGUGCGGUCAUUCCUAAAGUUGGUUUUACUAGAGAAACAGGCAGUCAGCAACAUUCAUCUCCUGAGGGGGUGUCUAACUAGGUGUUACAGUGUGUUUGACCCCUAACUUAAUUUUACGCCGAAAUAUUCCUAUAAAAGCACCAAUCAAGGGACAAACACAGUAAACUGAGCAGUUUCAUUUUAAGACCUUAUUUAUGUGCUGAAACAUGCCAAAUCACCUAUGUGGUCCAGUGAAGGACUUGUUCAUAAUCCCAUCCAUCAUGAUUGAUUAUAAGGCUGGUAAUACACUGAAUAUUAUGUCAACAAAUUAAACUCAGUGGAUGAUCUCUGUUCUUGCAGCUGUCGCAGAUGCAGCCAUGGCGCAGACCCAGACGGUCUACACUGAAGCAACACCUGAACAGCUGGAGCAGCUGCAGCAACAAGGCAUCCACUAUGAUGUCAUAACCUUGGAAUAG